AUGUUUCGAGAUUGGUUGGAGAGUGAUGGGAUUUUGUUCAACACCAUAGAGGAGAUUGACCAUGUUGGGAUGGAGUAUUUUAGGCAGCAAAUUGGCUGUUCCGUGUGGUCAGUUGGGCCUAUUCUGUCUUCCUUGGGAAGCAAAGCUCGUGCUGGUGACGCUGAAGCCACAAUGCAUCUUUGCAUGAAAUGGCUUGAUUCGAAGCCAGCAAAUUCAGUUCUUUAUGUGGCGUUUGGGUCACAAAGUGCACCAUCACCAUCACAAACAAUCCAGUUGGCCAUGGCUUUGGAAGCUUGUGGCAAAAAUUUCAUUUGGGUCGUUAGGCCACCAUCGAACUCAGUCACAGAUCAUGACCAUAAUGAUGGAGAAUGGUUACCGGGAGGCUUUGAGAGGCGUAUUCAAGAUAGUAACAAAGGGCUGCUGCUACUGCAACAAUGGGCACCCCAGUUGGAAAUUCUGUCCCAUAAAUCUCUGUGUGUGUUUUUAACCCACUGUGGAUGGAACUCAGUGCUUGAAGCUCUCAGCAAUGGAGUCCCAAUGCUUUCGUGGCCGAUGGGGGCAGAGCAAAACUUCAAUGCCAAGAUGUUGGAGGAAGAGAUGGGACUUUGUGUUGGGGUGGGAAGUGGGAGCAGUGAGGUUAAUCAUAAAGACAUAGUGAAAAAGAUUGAUUUGGUGAUGGGUGGGUCAACUAAAGGGAAAGACAUGAAAAACAAAGCUUGUGAGGUUAUGGAGAUGCUUAACAAUUCCAAGAAUGAUGAGAAAGGGUUCAAGGGGUCUUCAGCCAAAGCCAUGGAGGAUUUUCUGUAUGCUGCAUUGUCAAAGUCUUGUAAUUAUUAA